CCUACUUCCUUCCUCUUCCAUCACACAUGAUUCGGGUAUUUGCACAGCGUUGCACUUUUUGUUUCCUUCUUUCUUAAAUAGGAUACAGGCACACAUUACACUUUUCUUUGUAUUCUACCUUCGGCCUAAUAGUAGCCUAUUUAGCCCAUUAAUGCAGAUGUCACAAAAAUAACAGUGUCAUGUUAAAUGUCUGAACCCUACUUUAAAAAUAAUUGUCCACAUGUUUUGUUUUAUUUUCUUCUAGAGAUGUGUGAUGUUGACACGUUAAUAUUUUAGGAAUGGUUACUUUGUGAAUCGCUAGCUUUAGCAAAAGGUCUAACUAGUCUUGUGGAAGACUUCAGUCAUUCGCAUUAAGUGCAGGGGCAGAGUGCGUGCAGGUAGGUAGGCUAGUCGAGUCAAUAAUUAUAUUGGGCCGAAUUAAAUUAUUGGACAGGCUUAUUUUCCCAGAUCACUUGAUUAAUUAAUUGCUGUCGAAAGAUAGCUUUAACAAAUAUGAAACAAAUAUUUAUAAAAUAUACUGCUACUACUAAUUUCAUUUCGAAACUUUUAUUUUGAAACAAAAACUUUUAUUUUUUAGGCUGAGCUGCGGCGGCGCGAGGUUUGUGUUCAGAGGGAGAGUUUUCAAAGAUAGCUUACCAGUCUGAUUUGAGAACAACAGAUCUUCACGUUCGCUACUAUGUUUGCAUUUUUAUCAGGAUUUUAUGGCGGGAUGACAGACCCCUACACACCACAAUGAUCUGUCGCCAAAGCUUUGACUUGGUCUGGGAUCUCGUACGAUGGACGCGUCUUCCAGAAACAUGUUCGACACCUUGAAAGAUCACAUAUGGGACAACCUCAGGCAGAUCGACCCUGACUGGUUCAACACGCUCACGGUGAAAGCGUCUAACGAAGAGAAUAACCGAACCGGGCAGAACCAACCGAGACCCGCGCACGGGGGGGAGGGCUUCAAAACACCAUUCGGCAAGAACGCAGUAGACAGCCAACCUUUCUCCACCCCCAAGAUAUUCAGACACAGCAGGAGUUUUCUAUCCCCUGGCACGCAACAUGAUGGAUCGUUUAUUGAACAAGGGAAGGAGCCUCUUCCAUGGGCUGCUAUGGGGACUGGACUGCAGGGGACGUCCGCAGAACGUUCCUCCUCCAGUACCUCCGUGACCAAACUGUUCCGGAACAGGAACCAUCCAAACCACUUUGAACUACUGGACACACCCCAGCGAACCCUGAAAAUGAUGGCGAGUCUUGGGGCCGAGGUGAACCCUGACGUGUCCUGGACCAGCUCCCUCAACACCCCGCCUAACGUCCCCUCGACCCUCAUUCUGUCUAAAAACGAGGUGUUGUCCUCCCUUGAAAGCACGUCCGACGACAAAAAUAUCGUUUUCGUCCGGAAGCUCUUCCCGUCUCUAGCGGACGCAUCUGGAGUCAACGUACAAUCGCCCUCCAAGAACCCCAAACCCAACACCCCGCAAACUGUGGUCGCUGGUCGAGGUGCCAGCCAGGAGGGAACGUCGUCAGACUCCACGCAUUCCUCCCUGGACCAGGGCGACGAGCAGUGGAGGCAGACCCUCCCCGAUGCCAUCCAAGACAAAGAGCUCCGCGCCGCGGUGGCCGGCGUCCUGGACGGCGCGGAGAACGUCCUCUCCGUGUUCUUCACCAACAGCAGCUCGACUCUCAGGCGGGUCAAAAGCAAGGAGCGGAUCAAACGGAGGCGGAAGGAGCGGACUCGGCACGCCAGGCGGGUCUCCGUGGAAAGGCUUGCAGAGACUGUCGGGAAAACCGAGGGGGAUGAGAAUCUGGAGGGGGCCGAUCUCUGCCCUCCGGCCCCUUCUACUCCCCCCGGUCAGAGAGAGACUAGCGGUGGGGCUGGUGCAGACAGUCAGUGGUCGCCGAUCAGUCUGACAGAGAUCACAGAGGCUGGUUUGGAUAGUUCAGUUGACAAUCUUGGAAAACAACAAGAACCGGAAUCCGGACAUUUUACGGGAAAAACUGAAUGCUUGUUGGAUCCUACUAAAGUAACGUUGCAAACGUUGAAUACAGCAGACUCUCUUUUUAGCAAGAAAAAAAGACAGUUUGUUUAUAACGUUCACAGUCCACUACCUAGAGGGAAGGAAGAACACAAGCCAACUCAGAAAGCACAACAAUCUAAGCUCAUCUCUGAUCAAGAACCGUGUGUGCAUCGGCAGGAGCCAACAGCUGAUGUUCCACCCAGCGUCCAGGGCCCUUUGGGGGGAUGUGGUCCAGUUCCUUCUGCAGUGACGGGGACCAGUCAGGAUCUGGACAUGUCCCAGCUCUGCAGAGCCUUAGACCAGGAUUUCACUCAAAUGACAGAGGUUGUAAAAAAACAACAAGAUCUCUUCUCCCCCUCCACCUGUCUGUUACUGGUCAAGGAAAGGAACAAGAAAAUAUUUACCAAUGGGGAGGCAAGCCCGAGGGAGACUGUCUGUCCCCGCGCCGAUAAAGGGCCAGAGCUGACGGGCUAUGGGAGCAACUCCUACGCAGUGCCUGACAGUGGCAUCCUGUCUUGUGCUACCGAUCACCAAAAACUGUGCCGAACGUCUUCCCCUGUUCCCUCCAUAGUCCCUAAGCAAUCGUUCCAUGGUGCAAACUCAACAGGGACCCAAAAGAGACUUGUUCCUUUUACCCCUCUAAGCGCAGAGAAGGAAAGAAGUCUUUAUGACGAAAUGGAGGAGGAUCCACCCGAGUUAAAUCAGUCCGUCCAAUCCCACUCGAUAUCGGGCAUUGAACCAUUGAUUGAAGAGUUCAUCGGGCCUCAAGGAGACCUUGGUGGAGAUGUUUAUACUGAACGCAAUACUGAAGGUCAGACCACUAUGAAGGAGCAAUACGGGUUAGGAUUUCAUCCUUCGACAAGCGGGUCAUCCGGAUUCAAAACGGCUUCAAAUAAGGGGAUUCCGAUUUCUUCAGUGAAUCUGCAGAAAGCCAGGGAUAUCUUUAAAGAGGUUGAGGAGGUAAGCUUUCCAAAUGUUCCGCUCACCAGAAAUGACGAAUCCACAAGGAACGACAUGAACAAGUCCAUCCUACAAAAUGAUGUCCCAGUUUCAGCCAUUCCAGCCGUCCCAGCCUCGGCCCAAGCCCCCGCCCCAGCCUUCGUCCCGGCAGUUUUAGGUGAGAUAAGUGUGUGUAAUCAACAUCGUUUGACUGCGUCACAGAAAGCCCAUGUCACAGAGCUGUGUAGCCUUUUAGAGGAAACACACACGCAGUAUGAUUUCACUCCGUUCAAACCUGCAGAGCUGAACGUAACUCGUCAAGAAGUGGAUCUCUCCCCCAAAGCAACAGAUGCAGAAUUAGACCCAGACUCUCUUGUCGGUAUCGUUUUUGAUGACAGUUUUAGCUUCUAUGCUGAAAAGCAUCUUGAUGAAAACGUCCAAAUUCCUCUAGGAUGCAGCAACCACAUGGUUUCAACUUUGGACAAUGAAUCAGUUAUUCCCCUGAAAAAGAAUGAAACGUCCACCCCUAUCAAUGUACACACCACCAAACGAAAAGCCACUCUCAAAGCCGUCGAUGUGUCAAAUGGGCAUGAAAAUAAUACCACUAGUUACACUAAAUUACCCAAUCAUCAGGAGAAAUAUCCUUUGAUGUGUAACCUAGGCUUUCAAACUGCUGGUGGUAAGUCCUUCAGUGUUUCAAAGAAGUGUUUGAGCAAAGCCAAAGCUUUGUUUUCAGACCUAGAGGACGGUUAUUUACCAUUCACAGACACUGCUGAUGGCUCCCGUCAUGUGUCGGUAAACAGUGGCGCCGCUUCCACUCACCAACAGAUACCUAACCGUAGCUCGCACAAUAUUGCUUCUGGUGUGGGAACUAGCAACAAUCUCCAUCUUGAUAGCCCGGUUUCGAACACCGUAAACAGCGGUGAAAAGGUCUCCAUCACUGCGACAGAAUCGCCCUUUUGUCCAAGCAUCUCAAGUGAUAAACCUACAGCUGAAAAACCCGGAUGUGAGAAUAGUCAAUUUCAUAUGACUAAAGUUAGUGAACUGAAGGGAGGUUUCUCGACGGCCAGUGGGAGAGGGAUUACCAUAUCAGCACGAGCUGUCAAAGCAGCAAGCAGUUUCUUCAAAGAUUUGGAUGCUAUGGUAAACCAGGAUGAUGCUCCACCUCAACAUCGGCAGUGUAACGCCGUAAUGGUGAACGAAAAGGAAAGCGACUGCAGCCUUAAAAAGGAAACUUCCACAGAACCUGAGCAGAGGUACGGUGAAAUAGCAAGCGCUUGUGUCGUGCCUUCUGCAUCCUUGGCAACAAAGAGCGGUGAUGACAACCAAACGUAUAACGGUGGUUUCAAGACACCAAUGGCGAAGGAUGUUGUUUCUAUCCCCAGGAGAGCGCCUCUGAAGGAGCGUUCGGGGUCGGUAUCCUCAGCCUCUGCCACGCUGGUUGUUGGAUCUUACCGUCACGGUGGUUUCUCCACAGCAAGUGGGAAAAAAGUGUCUGUGACAGGUGAAGCACUGGCAAAAGCCCAAAGUCUUCUGAAUGAAUGUGAUUUGGUAGAAGAAGUAAAACUAAACAUUGAUGCUUCAACAGCACGCUCUCUUCCCGCUCCAUCUCCAAAAGAGGAUUGUUUUAAGCCGGGUGCUAGAAGAAGGUCCGCUUUGACCGCAAAGUGUCCUUGCCCUUCCUCUUCAGAGAAUGUUGGCCCCAGUGUGGUUAGUGAGUCAGGUAGUGCUCGGGGUUUCUCUACGGCCAGUGGGAACAUGGUGUCAGUGUCUGACAAGGCCCUGACCAAAGCCAGGUCUCUGCUGAACGAGAAUUUAACCGACAAAGAAAAACAACAAGCUGCUCUAACAGGAAACCAUCAGGGCCAAUCUCCGAAUCCGAUUCUACUGAAACCAAGGGGUGGAUUUCAGACCGCCAGUGGUAAAGGAGUGGCCGUUUCAGCUGCCGCUCUGCAAAAGGCGAAAGCAAUGAUGAGCGAUUGCGAUGCCCCUCCAACAGCAGACCAUCAGGGCCAAUCUCCGAAUCCUAUCCCAGGUGGAUUCCAGACCGCCAGUGGUAAAGGAGUGGCCGUUUCAGCUGCCGCAUUCCAAAAGGCGAAAGCAAUGAUGAGCGAUUGCGAUGCCCCCCCAACAGCAGACCAUCAGGGCCAAUCUCCGAAUCCUAUCCCAGGUGGAUUCCAGACCGCCAGUGGUAAAGGAGUGGCCGUUUCAGCUGCCGCACUCCAAAAGGCGAAAGCAAUGAUGAGCGAUUGCGAUGCCCCCCCAACAGCAGACCAUCAGGGCCAAUCUCCGAAUCCUAUCCCAGGUGGAUUCCAGACCGCCAGUGGUAAAGGAGUGGCCGUUUCAGCUGCCGCACUCCAAAAGGCGAAAGCAAUGAUGAGCGAUUGCGAUGCCCCCCCAACAGCAGACCAUCAGGGCCAAUCUCCGAAUCCUAUCCCAGGUGGAUUCCAGACCGCCAGUGGUAAAGGAGUGGCCGUUUCAACUAGCGCACUCCAAAAGGCGAAAGCAAUGAUGAGCGAUUGCGAUGCCCCUAUGGAGGCCCCCGCCCAUUCCAAUGGGCCGACCAAAGCUCCAAGACCUGGCAGUGGUUUUCACGCAGCCACCGGUAAACCCGUACAGGUGUCGUCCGAGGCCCUGCAGAAGGCUAAAUCAGUCUUUGACGACUUAAAUUGCGACGCCGAGACCGUUGCCCCCUCGACGUCAACGGAGGAAAAAUUCAGAGAAUGUCCAAGGAAUCUUGAAGGAAUGAAGUUGAGCUUCACCACUGCAAAGGGCACAAUAGUCCAGGUCUCUGAGGACAAUCUUUUAAAGGCGAAGAACCGUUUGAAUGUAGAAGAAGAGAGUGUUUGUUCUAUGUCUGGUGCUAACUCUCACUUGGAAGAUAAUAAUGAGCUAGAGAUGCUAGAUGUUAACACAACAUUACUGAACACGGAUAAUCGGAGAACUGAGAAGCAAACGACUCCCGGUGAAAGAAAUGCUUUCACUUCUACGUGUGAAGAUCUGGAAGGUGAUGCUCAGAGUGCUGAUACGAGUGCUUCAGUGGAAGGUCGGAUACUGGCUGCAGAGAGUGCUCCAAUGGUGUCAGAGAAGAUGACGGUCCAAUCAUAUGGUCCGGUCAAUAUAGCGGGAGAAACGCCCAACGCAACAGGGAAGAGAUCCAUAGAUGAUGCAGAUUUGACUGACCAACCUCCGCUAAAGAGGCGGUUAUUGGAAGAGUUUGAUCGUGCUGUGAAUGGAGAUAGGGCAAGGACCCUGCUGCCUGCUAAAUGUUCUCCCCAGGGUUUUCUUAACGACAGGAGGGUCUUCAAGUACAAGGUCUCCCUGGAGCCACACAUCACCGGACCACACAGGGAUGGGAAGAGCUUUGUGGUCUACGCCAAUCCGAAGCCCCCCCCAGGCCCGGCUCCCAUGCCCGCCACCCCCCCCGGCCCCCUGGCCUCGGGCUCCAGAGUUCCGGUGUUCGUCCCUCCGUUCCUAAAGAGGAGGAGAACCGACACCCCCCAGUCCAACCCGGACCCCCAAGGCACGACCAGGGCCAGGACCCCUGCUGUGUUCAUCCCUCCCUUCAAGAAACCCCUACAACCCCCCCCACCUCUUCCUCUUCCUCUCCCUCUCCCUCCUUCUUCACCGACACCGGCUGAAACCAGCCCGUACGUCCGAACGGCGACCAUAACGACCAAAAGCACUGCGAUGGUAACGGAGACCCACGGAGAUGGAAGAGGGAGCGGUUGUCAUGACAGCGAGGCAGAUGGCGUCCCAGGGGAGUCUGCUGCCACGGCCUGUGACCCGGCAACUAGAAACCUAGACGUGGAGCAGGACCCGGUGGACCCUGAGGGCCUCCGGGACCUCCGUCUCGCGCGCGACCUCCAGGACAUGAGGCUCAGGAAGAAGAAGCGCCAGACCGUGCGUCCGCUCCCUGGGAGCCUGUUCCUGGCCAAGGCCUCGGGCGCGGCCAGGAUCCCGCUCCGGGCCGCCGUCUGCGGGCUCCCUCCCGGCCGCCACUCCCCCCAGCAGCUGUACCAACACGGAGUCCACCAGCCCGUGUGGACGGUGACGGCGGAGAACGCAGAGUCGUUCCGGCUCUCCUUCCGGCGGUUCUUCAGGGGGGGAGCGCUCGGUGAGCAGGGGGGGGUCCAGCUGGCGGACGGAGGCUGGCUGGUCCCCCGGGAUGACUGGACCCUGGGCAAGGAGGAGUUCUACAGGGCUCUGUGUGACAGCCCGGGGGUGGACGUGAAGCUGCUGAGCCAGGAGUGGGCGUACAACCACUACCGCUGGGUGGUCUGGAAGCUAGCCUCCAUGGAGAGAUCCUUCCCUUUGACCAUGGCAAGCCUCUGGCUGAACCCAGAACAGAUUCUCCUCCAGCUCAAAUACCGCUACGACGUGGAGGUGGACCACAGCCGGCGCCCGGCCUUGAGGAAGAUCACGGAGCGGGACGACGCGGCCGCCAAGACCCUGGUCCUGUGUGUCUGUGGGGUGGUCCGCCCGGGACCGGACCCCCGCGCCCCCAACGGGCCGGCCGACCAGCAGACCCCCCAGGCCGAGUCCCACGCCCCUCCCCCGGGCGUGGUGUGGCUGACGGACGGCUGGUACGCCAUCAAAGCCCAGCUGGACGCCCCGCUGACGGCGAUGCUGCAGCGCGGGCGCCUGGAGCCGGGAGGGAAGCUGGUGGUGUAUGGAGCCGAGCUGGUGGGGUCCCAGGACGGCUGCUCCCCCCUGGAGGCCCCCGAGGGCCUGAUGUUGAAGAUCGGGGCCAACAGCUGCAGACGGGCCCGUUGGGACGCUAAGCUGGGCUUCCAGCGCGACCCCCGGCCCUUCCUGCUGCGCCUGUCCUCUCUGUACAGCACCGGGGGGGCGGUCGGCUGUGUAGACCUCCUCAUACUCAGGAGCUACCCCGUCCUGUGGAUGGAGAAGAAGCAAGAUGGCGUCUUUGUGUUCCGUAGCGGGCGAGCAGAAGAGCGCGAGGCUCGGAGGUACGACGACCACAACAAUAAAACCAUGGAGGCCCUCUACGCCAAGAUCCAGGCGGACAUCCAGAGAGAGGACAAAGGUACCGACCCGCCCGCUCGGAGGAGGACUCUGAGGCAGAAGGACGUGGAGAAGUUGAGAGAUGGAGAGGAGCUCUACGAAGCGUUUGAGAACGACCCUGCUUACCUGGAGGCGUGUUUGAAUGAUCAGCAGCUGGAGGUCCUUCAGAGCUACCGGCGCUCUGUCCUGGAGAAGCGGCAGGCCGGGCUGCAGGAGCGCUGCAGACGGGCCCUGGAGCAAGCCCAGGACAGCCAGGGGGGCUGUCCCCGACGAGACGUCACCCCGGUCUGGAAGCUGUGUGUGGUAGACGCCCGGGCGUCGCCCGGCGACUCUGUCUACAUGUUGAACGUGUGGAGGCCACCAGCUGACCUGCAGGCUCAGCUGAAGGAGGGCGCUCGGUACCGCGUCUACAACCUCUCCGUCACGGCUGGCAAAAAGCGUAACCCUGGGGCGUCCGUCCAGCUGACCGCCACCAGCAAGACACACUUCCAGGAAGUACAGGUGGGCCAGGACUGGCUGUCGGAUCAUUUCCAGGCCAGACAGUCGGUCCACUUCCAGGAGCUCCAGCGCCCAGAGGUGCAGACCCCCUGUGGGGAGGUGGACCUGGUGGGAUACGUCGUCACCACCGCAGACACGCACGGUACCUCCCCGGUGGUGUACCUGGUGGACGGGGACCUGAACCUGGUGAAGGUCCGCUGCUUCUCCUCCCUCCUCCAGUGGGGCCUGGAGGAGCUGGUGAAGCCAGCCACGCUGCUGGCUCUGAGCAACCUGCAGCUCAGCGCCCGGCGUGCCACCACACUUCCGGUCCUGUACGCCAGCGACCUCACCGCCUUCUCCUCCAACCCCCGCGAAGCCCACCUGCAAAGCGCCCUCGCACAGCUGAGAACGCAGACCCGGGCUCAGGACGGGUUCCUCCGGCGAGCCCAGGAGACGCUCAGCUGCUGGAACCAGGGCGAGGACGCGGCCGCGGGCUCUUCGCCCUGGUCGACCCGGCCCAGGACCCCGGCCAUCCCAACAGCCCCGGGGCGACCAAGCCCUGCAGUCUGCGUGACUCCCCUUCAGCCGACCUGGCACUUCUCCGCCACCUCGUCCUCCACUCCCCAGACCGACAACCCUCCUCCUCCCCCGACUAGUGACCCCAAGACCCUGCGUCGCAGGAGAGCUCUGGACUAUCUGUCUCGCAUGCCAUCACCCCCGCCGCUCGGCCCCCUGGGAAGUCUGGCGUCACCCGCCUGCGUCAAAAAGACCUUCAACCCCCCACGCAGGUCCACAACGCCGGCCGCCGUUGCAACGACGAGACACGUGGUCGCCGUGGAAACGACGACCCCAGCUCCACGGACCACGGGUCGGACCGUGAAGGAGCAGGAGGAGGAGUGGGAGAACGAUGAAGGACUAGCGCAGAUUGACACGCAGGUCCUGCAUGGUGGAGGUGAGGCCUCCUGACCAGUAGGGGGCAGCACUCCGGUCGUUCCGCUGCUUAGACCCGUUGGAAAAACUUGUUUUGUUCUUGUUGCACUGGAAUCAUUGACUGACGGUUAGAGUGAAUGCCACUCACUGCAUUGAGGUCCCAAAGUUGUUAUCGAUCGAUAAAUCAGGGGAUGACUUGCUAUAAAUCACCUUUGGUUGGUGUCAAUUCUUGAAUAUUUAUAUUUUGGUCAAACUGUAAGAUAAUAAAAACAUUUGGCAUAUUUGAUGAA